ACCCCAUGCAAACCCUUUCAGCACGACCGCUCGGCGCUAGCCCAGGCCCCAGGGGGACUUCUGGGUUGCACAGGGAGGCUCAACCACCCGUCGUAACGAGAUAUCUGGCAGCCUCCUGUACAAAGUGCGGGGCAGUCUGUCUGCCUUCCCGUCCUUUUUCUUGGCAACUUGGACUCUGCCACUCAGUGCCCGCCCCGCAUCUACCACAGAAGUGCAUAAAUAAGAGUGCUUCCCUCCUGCAUUCCUCCCUCCCUCGUUUCGUUCGCUCCGAAUUCCAUCUUGGCUCGCGCAUUUUCGUCACUCACUGAACACAUUGUUAGGGCGCCGUCAUCUUCACACGUAGCAAUAUAAACUUCACAUCCUCGACCUCUUCCACAAUGAGAGGCUCCCAAGUAGGAUACUGGAGGCCCGACCACCUCCUAAACGAGGCUCUCGAACAAAUCAAGAGAAUCCUCGAAACAACCCGUCAACCGACGUACGCCGGCGAUGUCCCCCACCAAUAUAAGGACAAGUACCUCCUAGCCGAGUUCCUGACCAACGCCGCUCUCAAUGCCCAAUGGACCUGUCUGGAACUGCUGGGGCUCGACGACCAAGGGGUUAAACUGUUGAAGGACUGGACGACGCUCCAGACCAACCGCCCGGCGGUCAGCCUGCGCUUUAUCGCUGAGGAGCGGUGUGGUUUUCUGAGGGAGCAGGAACGACACGUCGAGGCGCCGUCGUCGGAAACGACCAUCGAGACCACGUCCAGCCGUUCGUCCAACUCGGUCCUUCAUGCCAUCAAAAGCAAGUUUGUGACCACCAUCAAGGAGUACGUCUACGGCUACAGAAUCCGGUACCGCCUGUCUAUGUACUUUGGGACGGAUAUCGGCGCCAGCACGGUUCUCGGCGAGGUGGAACGCGGGUGCGAGCUGAUCACGACCGUCAGGGACAACCCGCCCGCGCUGCCGGUCGUCAUCCACGACCCGCUCGAUGUGAACAUCACCUACGUCGUUCAGAAUUUGACCAUGGAGGAAGCUGAGCCGUUCCAGUUCCGGAUCGACAGGGCCGAUGAGGAAUGUCACACGCCGCGGAGGAACAGGAACAUCACACAGGCGCUCGACUACUUCGGUGCAUUCUCACGAUGGGCGCACCAGGUGCACUACUACUUCCAGGGACUGGCCCGAGAACCGCGCGCCGUUCCCGGGAACGCUGUCGACCUCUCCGUUCUCUCUGCGGACGGAACGUUCAUCCCCGUUGCCCCGCUGUUCGAGAAGCGCGAAGGCCGAGAUUCGGUCCUGCUUUCGCCGGAAGACCUGGGGCUUUUCCUGCAGGAGCAGAAACGUAGCCUGCAGGAAAAGUUCGCAGCCAUCGACCAAGCCAUCCCUGCUGGUAAACUUAUAACAGCGCAAGAGGGGAAGGUGAUGGCCACCUUGGCCCAUGCAAUGAGUCUGUCGCGGACAUACAACGGCUCCAUCGAGGCCAUUGAAAUGAUGCUGCACUCGCAGCUGAUUGCCGCUAUCGGCCGCACACUGCAGCCCCGAGAUUUCACCCAGCUCGUCCGGUCCAACAACCGCAAGCUGUUCCUGCCCCAGUACGUCCCCUCCCCCUUCUGUUUCGCAGUUCAACGCCCCGGCCACUCCCCCGAAGGCGUCAUCAGCAUCGAAUACGACGAAGACCGCUCCUCCUCCUCCUCCACCCUCGACAACGCCGGCGCCAUGGUGGACUCCUUCCACAGCGCCUUCGACAACAUCGACGUUCCCCUCAUGGAGAUCCCCCUCAACGCCGCCACAAAAGUGCAGUUUGCAGGCAAACGCCAUCUCCACGCCUGCCUCUUCCACCGCUUCUCCGACUCGCCCGAAACGAACAUCGCCCUCAAAGCGCGCGCGCGCCAGUUCAGCUCCUUCAUCCUCCUCGUCGGCCGGAUAACCUCCGCCACCCGCUUUGAGCCGCAGGCCGGCCUGAUCGUGCAGAAUAAGGACGAUCUCACCAUCCCUCUGCUUUUGGAGACCAUCCCGACCCCAAAGGAAUUCCAGGACGCGAUCGAGUCCCUGUCACCGGAACAGCAGAAAUUCGCUAAAGCGAUGCGCGCCCUGCAAUUGGAGAGCACGCUCUUCGGAAUCUGUGUCGUCGAAAUCAAACCCGAGCUUGAGAAAUUGCUGAAUUUGCCCCCCGACGCACUCGCGAAGGAGAUCCAGCUCACGCAGGACCUCAUGACAUUGUUUGUCGAGUACCAGAUCCCCAGCGAUCUCCUGCGGUACGACGGCGAAGCGGACGCUGCAGCCAGCGCAAAGACGGACGCUGUACGAGGAUACGUGGGCAAGAUCAAGGAUAUCAUCAAAGGCCGCGGACGGGAGGAUAUCGAGAACGCGCUGGGCAAGGCGCAGUAUAAUCAGUUGAACCAUCUGGCCGAAUCGAACAAGGUUGAACCGGCCGCCGCAUAUGGGUUGUUCGGGGGCCCCCCGCCCCCGCCAGCCGGCUCUUUGUUCGGCACCGCCCCCGCAUCCUCGUCGUUCGGUGGCUUUUCCGCGGCAACCUCUAUCCACCAACGGGGCGAGCAAAUGUCGGACCUCGUAGGCCGAAGCCAAGAACUCUCCGCGGCAUCGAUGAAGUUCAAAAAAGCCAAAUCCGCCGGCCCAGUAUUCGCGCGAAAAUCCGCCGGGAUGUCAGAACCCGUGGCCGCUCCCCCAACCGUCCGGUACGAGGGCCACCAACAACAACAACAACCCGUCCAAUCCCAAUCCCAAUCCCAAUCCCCUUACACAUCCAGCACAGACCUCCACGACCGCCCCAACCCAAAGCGAAAAACCGACGACAUGGAAGCAGACAACAUGAACACAUCUGAUACCCCCGACCCCCGCCUCGACUUCACCCGCUUCCCCACCCUCCUCGACUCUGCCCUCUCCACCCUCCCCUCCACCGCUCUCCGCCCCACAACAAUAACCCUCGGCCCCACAUGGUCGCGGAGCCGUCCCACCUCCAUCCUCCACUCGAACCCCACCCCCACAUCCCUGCCCACAUCCACGCAACAAACAGAACGCAACGCGGCGUUUGACUUGCUGGAUGCGUUGAGUAGGAGCGGGAGUAUCGUGAUGCAGGAUGUGGUGAUGCAUGUGGUGCUGGCGGCGACGCAUUGUUUUGAUCAGACGAUGGUGGAGGAGGUUAUUAGGGGGAAUGUGGACCCCGUGGGGGUUUUUGGGAGGAGUGGGGUGCUUGUGGCGGCGACUGUGAAUGGCGUUGACGGGGGGAGGUUGGUUAGGGGUGGGGAGGCUGAGGUGAGGGAGCUGGAGUAAAACCUAUCAUGAGGGUGUGAUGGGGGCUAUUAUUCACAAACGGUGUACCUUAUUGUGCGCGAGAUCGGAAGUAGCCGACGAUGGUCAGAUCGUA